AUUCGUUUUUUGCGCGUAACGUUUUUGUCUUCUGAGGUGAUUUAUAUUGUCGAAAUUUGUUCCCAUCGUUGGUAUACAGUACAUGUUCGUGGCGGAAACCCUUCCUCUUAUCAUCCUUUUGAUUGAUGGCGAAAUCAAAGACAUGUCAAAGUCUGAGCUUUGAUGCGGAUCAAUGGAAAAGGAAACAACAACGCAAUCAUUUCUCCCUCUGGAUUCGAAGCUGCGAUUUUCACUGACGUGUACGCGAACCAUAGUUUUGUCCAAAUCAGACACCUGAGGCAACAGACCAUAGGCACAUAAGAGAAGGUUGAACCCUAUGUUUGCGAAGGACUCCAGUACGAAGCCAUGACGCUUUUGUAAUUCGCGUUCUUACCUUUCCAAUCACCUCUUUCGGCUCAAACCCACAGAUUAUGUGAUAAUUAUAAUAUGACUUUCUCGCAGUCUACAUCAACCUCUUUGAUCUGCCAAAGUUUUUGCAGCAUUCCAUCAAAAACAGACCUCGCUUCAGUGAGCGCGUAUUGCCAUCCAAUACAUAUACGUGGUCCGCUAUUGAAUGGCGCAUAAAACUAAAUGGGUCGGCACUUCUCUAAUGGUUCUGACACAAAUAAAUCUACCUCUGCACCCUAGAGACGAUGACGGCAGCACAGCACAUAUAAGUGCUAAAGUUGGCCUUAUUAAGAAAAUCGCUUUUUCUGCCCUUUCUUUUUUUCCUGUUAAAUCCGCCUCUGCAAUGGCCUUGUGCACAACCUUGUCUAAGAUCCCAUUAUUGUCCUUUAACUCGUUACUAUCGUAAACCUGAUACAAAUCAUGUAGUGACAGUCGCACAGCAAGAAUUCGUGGCGCCCUCUCAAACGCGCAUACUUAGAAGUAGACUCGCUCGUGCGCAGAUUACUGGCUCUAGCAGGGAUACAACU